UAAUUUCUUUAAUUUAAAAGUAUAGACUGAAUUGAUUCUCAAGCUAAGUUUCCUUCAUUCCCCAAUAUAACUACAAGUCUACAACCGCCCAUUUCUCAUCUCUAACUUUUUCUUCUUCCUCUCAUUCUCUUCACAUGUUUGUUCCACCCCCUCCAACCAAAUUAUUAACCCAAACCACAAAAACAAAAUAAUAUUCUUCCACCCUAUUAUUAUUUUCUCUGUUCUUUCUUUCUCCUAUAUUCAUUGGGUAUGCAAUAUAUAUAUAAGUACAAAUUGUGUCAGAAUUAAGUCAGAAGAAAAAUCUCCUUUUGUCUUUCUGACAAUUGGACCCUUUUGUGUCAGAAACUACAAUAUCUCUUCUUCUUCCUUCCAACUUUUCUACCAAGAUUUUUCAUCCAUUUAUACUCAUCCAUCCUUACAAGACUUUACCAAUUCGACGAUUUUCUUCUCUCUACUACCAAAAGAAAAACCCUAAAACGAAAAAAAAAACCAAAAAAAAGAUGGAUAAUUCUCCUCUUCAUCAUCAUCAACGUCCUAAUACUUCCUUAAAUCUUAAGUCACUAAGAACAAAGUUUGCCCUUCGUUUUCUUAGGGCUCUAAAGAAGAUCCAACAACAAGAAAAAACUCAUAAAAGAAGAAUUAAUGGUGGAAGUAGUACUAGUAAUUUUAUGGUGGCUCAAAAAUAUAAUAAGGUUAAGGUAGCUGCUGAUGCUUCCAUGGCUGCUGCCGUUGGUCCAAGACGGGCUUGGAGCCGGGCCAUGUUGUCGAGGAUCCGGCUUAAUUGGCGCCGCCGUGGGCUGGUGAAGAGAGAGAUUGUUACAACAAGGCGAAAGCGGCGACGAGAGGCUGAGCGUGGUGAUCAGAGCUGCCAUAGACAAGCACAUGAGCUGAGAAGGUUGGUGCCUGGUGGAGAAGUUAUGGAUUAUCAGGGUUUGUUAGAUGAAACUGCUCAUUAUAUUAAGUGUCUUACUACACAGGUAAAGGUUAUGAGAAGUAUUGUUAAUUAUUGUUCUACCACUUAAAUAAUUGUUAAGUUAAAAAUAAUGAAUUAAGUACCUCUAUAUAUAUGUCAAUUGAUGUAUAGAGGUCAUAGAGAUAAAUAUAAAUGAAAGAAAGAUCAAUAAGGUUUGAUGAGUAAAGUCUGAAACAGAAGCUAAGGAAAUCAUGUAACAUAUACUACUCAUGUAUGUAGAUUAUGUAUAAUUAAUCAUAUCACAAAAAAAAAAGAUAGUGUAAUUGAUAAUUAAAUUGUACAUUAGAGGUAAAAGAUUUGGUAUUUUUAGCUUUGUUUAUAAGUUUUUGAUUAUUACUUUGAAGAGAUUUAUAAAAAUGCUUUGUUGUUU